GUUCGGGCGAUCCAUUUACUCCGACUGAAGAGCGGUUAACGAUGACGAUUUGCGUUGAUUUUUACUCGUUCUAUUGGUGUAAGAAUAGCUGUAUGCAUAACACUCUGUGUUAUUUGAUUAGUGCUUCUACAACUCCAGAUCAAUCACCAAACUCAAACAAAUGAGAUCUAGCUAGCAGUUAGGCUGCAAGUAAUCACUCGGAUAGAUGGAUUUCGAACCUAUGUGCCGCUGAGGAAAAUAAAAAAUCAUCGGGUUAGGACAUAAGAUGGCUCAGGGUCUGUAAUAUGUCCCCUAGAUACUCAGAUCAGGCAUUACAAUGUUGUGAGGCCUGUAACGAAGUAUACGGGAGAUAGGACAGUGGUCUCGUGCCUUGUAACGAAUGUGAUGUUGCAGCAAGUGUCUUACCGUCAGUCAGAAACGCUCGAAUUUCUUCGAACUGUAGGAUUGGACAGUUUACAGGCUUGUUUAUGGUUGUCUGUAAAUUUACCUUAUUUAAUCAGAGGAUAUCCACAGCGAAUUGGGAGCAACUCAGCAGGCAGUCGUAUCCUAGCCAUGAUAACAUCACUUCAUCGUUAAUUAAUGAAUUUAAAGAAAUACUGUCACACUGUGGAAGUGGUCGGACAAGUAGACAGUUCGGAUAUUGAUGAGUAUCCCUUCAAAUAAAGGAAAUUCUGUCGCUGAAGAUGUCUUUAUCUCGCUCGUGCUCUAGAUGUCAGCCACGCUACGUGGAAGAGGAGCUGCGUGUCAACGAAUUUUACAGAGGCCGGGGGCUUCUGACAACGGUUCCUUCAUGUAUUCUACUAUGAAUUGGAAAAGUAAAAGCGGCGCUCUGUUGAUCAUAACCGCUGUUAGUGCGCUUGUUAUGAUCGUGGUGGCGUCGUGUACACUCUCGGGAGUUCUCAAAUUGAGAUCGUCUGAAGAUGAAGCACUGAAAGCUUUGAAUAAGGCGAUUCAGGAUGUCCACGGCCUGAUCAACCCAACCACUACGACGACGCCAGCGCCACUAGGCCCGCCACCUGAACCACAAUGUCCUGCUAAUCCGACAGACGAGGACAAGUUUGACUGCCAUCCCGAAAGAAACCCCAAUAUUUUUGCAUGCGCUGCUCGUGGAUGUUGCUGGGACGCUUCACCGAAGCAAAAGGAACCGUCCAGUGAUAACCCAGACCCAGUAAAUGUACCCCAUUGCUACUUUCCUCCUAAUGGAUUCCAAGGAUACAGGAUAACAAAAUCGACCAGGCAAAAUAAUGGAUUACAACUGAAGCUAGAGCGGCAGGUUCGCUCAGGACUUCCACGGGACGAGGUCGAAGUAGUUGUGACCGUGCUUCAUUACGACUACAAUACUGCCAGAAUAACGAUCGACAGCGCCUCUCGACGACGUUGGGUACCCCCAUUGCCGCCUAUCGCUGACAAAGCCACGGAACGCGAUGUGGGCUUUGAAAUAAGUCUACAAGAAGAGAAUAUUCUCACUGUCUACCGUAAAGAAAAGAAGGGCAACCCAGGGACGGCCUUGUUCGCUGCGCAUUUGUCAACUCUGAUCUUCUCCGAUCAGUUUUUGCAAAUCUCCAGUGACCUUCCGUCUUCCCAGGUUUAUGGUCUAGGAGAAAUGAAAGGCUCAUUUUUGCAUUCCGUAAACUGGACCCGCAGGAUUCUGUUUAAUAAGGAUCAACCACCUAAGCCAAACCGCGCACUAUAUGGAGCUCAUACCCUGAUGGUAAAUCUCGAUAAAAACAACAAGGCCAGCGGCGUCUACGUCAAAAACAGCAACGCUAUGGACGUCAUCCUACAACCAAAACCUGCAGCAACGUUUCGCGCAAUUGGUGGAAUUUUCGAUUUCUUCAUCUUUACAGGACCGACCCCAGGAGAUGUGUUCUCCCAGUAUCAGCGUCUAGUGGGUUUUCCGGCGAUGGUGCCGUAUUGGAGUCUUGGAUUCCAUCUUUGUCGCUAUGGUUACGGGACGCUGAACAAAACCGUCGAGACUUACGAACGAAACAUCAACAAAGGGGUUCCUCUGGAAGUUCAGUGGAACGACAUCGACUAUAUGGAGAAUUUCAACAUGUUCACUUACGACAAAGUAGCUUUUGCGGGUUUGCCCGAUUUUGUCAAGCGACUACAUAAGGACGGACGGAAAUACGUGAUGAUUUUUGACCCCGCAAUAUCUGGAUCUGAGACGCCUGGGACAUACCCACCAUACGAUAUUGGCCUCGAAAAAGAUAUCUUUGUCAAGAACGUUACCGGACACGUUGUUAGGUACAAGGUAUGGAACCUGCAUUCGUCAAUUUUUCCGGACUUCUCCCACCCGCGAAUCGAUGAAUACUGGACAACCCUAUCUAGAGAAUUCCAUAAGGAGAUCGAUUUUGACGGCGCAUGGAUUGAUAUGAAUGAGCCAUCCAACCAAUUGAAUGGCGUAAACGGUACGUGUCCUGAUACGUCACUCGAUUACCCACCUGUUAUCAUCGGCGGCGAAGCGUUAUUUACGUAUACGGCAUGCAUGUCCGACAGGAUGUAUGCUGGCAGUCAUUACGAUCUUCAUAACCUUUACUCGCAUCUUGAAGCGCGGGCAAUGUAUAGAGCUCUAGUAUCGAUUCGACCCACAAAACGGCCCUUUAUCAUCUCGCGCUCAACGUCAUCAGGCCAAGGCCUGUGGUCAGGCCAUUGGACAGGCGAUAUUGACUCGACGUGGGAUGAUCUGAGACAGUCGAUUCCUGACAUAAUCAACUUCGCUAUGUACGGAAUGCCUAUGCUAGGUGCCGAUAUUUGCGGAUUUCAAUACUCUACAACUGAGGAGCUGUGCGCGCGUUGGCAGGCCGUUGGUGCCUUCUAUCCAUUCACGCGAAACCAUAACGAUUUUAACCAGUCUGAACAAGAUCCUGCAAUAAUGGGAAAUCGCGUACUUAACGCAACUAUUAUUACGUUGCAAAAAAAAUACCUCUUUGCGCCAUACCUUUACACUCUGUUCUAUCGGGCACACGUCUAUGGAGAAACUGUUGUCAGAGCUAUGAUGUUCAACUUUGCGUCGGACCCCAAAAGCCACUCAUGUGACGAACAAUUUAUGUGGGGAGAAGGUCUCCUCAUUGCUCCAGCUCUUUAUCAGGGCCAGACGCAUGUCACACCUUACCUUCCGGACGGAGUAUGGUAUCACUUUAACAGGAAUGGCUUACCACUCAAUCCAACAAGUAAAUCCAACGUGUCAUUGGAAGCACCAGUAACUGAUAUAAACCUUAUUCUGCGCGGAGGACACAUACUCCCAGCUCAAGACACGAGUGGAGAAACUCUAUCGGGUAAUCGCAAGAACCCUUUCUUCCUGUUCGUAGCAUUGGAUGAAAACAAGAACGCGCAUGGCCAGCUGUUUUGGGACGACGGUGAUUCCCUUGACACUGUUGAAAACGGUGACUUCAGUCUGGUGGAAAUGAGUGCACAAAAUGGAGCUAUUAUCACCCGUCCAGUUCACGUCGGUUACACCGAGGAGAGCGUCACCGUGUCGGCAAUAAACAUAUUCGGUGUUCGGACAAAGCCCACGACUGUAGAGGUCAAUGGUGGUACACAUCAUCCUGCCAAGAUUACAUACAACGCAACAACGCAGUUACUCCAGCUGCAAAAUGUGCAGAUCGAUCUUCUGGCGCAACCGAAUGUUGUUACGUACUUUUAACCUAACAUAACCAGAAUGUAUUCUUUACCUCGAAGUAUUUCUGUCGUUUUUUUCGUCUAAACGAUUAAUUCCCUUGUUUGAAAUUGAACAAUCGCUAGUGAAGCCUUAUUUCAUGACAGGCACACCUUUUUUUUUGUUUUUUUUGCCAAUAUAGGAUAAAGAAAUGAAAAAAACUCAUUCUUCAAUAUGACAGGCCAUAAUAAAGUAUAUUGUCAUAAGUGUUAA